GUUGGCAUCAAGUACCAGUUUUUCUAGUCAAGCAGAAAGCAUGAUGAUCCCUGGAAAUGCUGCAGGUGUGGCCAAGCAGUUCCUCCGUUGUGUUUUCCAUCAGUUGGCUCCCAAUGGCAUCUUCCCUCAGCUCUUCCAGAGCAUUAUUAAAGAUGGAAGUUUUUUACGCACCUUGGCCACAUCUCUUAUGGACUUCAGUGAGCUGAGUUCCAUCGCUGCUCUGAGCCAGCUCUUAGAGGGUUUAAACAACAAGAAGAAUUUGCCGGCAGGGGGUGCAAUGCUCCGCUGUUUGGAAAACAUUGCUACCUUUAUGGAAGCCUUGCCCAUGGAUUCACCCAGCAACCUCUGGACCACAAUUAGUAAUCAGUUUCAGACCUUCCUUACUAAACUCCCUUGUGUUUUACCACUCAAGUGUUCUUUAGACUCCAGUUUAAGAAUCAUGAUUUGCUUGUUGAAGAUACCUACCACUAGUGCCACCAGGAGUCUUCUGGAGCCUUUUUCAAAAUUACUAAGUUUUGUAAUUCAGAAUGCUGUCUUCACUCUGGCCUACCUGGUGGAACUGUGUGGUUUGUGCUACCGAGCCUUCACUAAGGAAAGGGACAAAUUCUACUUGACGCGCAGUGUCAUAUUGGAGUUGCUGCAGGCACUCAAGUUAAAGUCACCCUUACCAGACAUGAAUCUGUUGCUGUUGGUGCAGUUUGUUUGUGCAGAUGCUGGAACAAAACUGGCUGAGUCAACAAUCUUGCAUAAACAGAUGAUUGCUUCGAUGCCUGGAUGUGGAACAGCAGCAAUGGAAUGCAUGAGGCAAUAUGUUGGGGAAGUGCUGGAUUUCAUUGCAGACAUGCAUACCUUAACCAAAUUAAAGAGUCACAUGAAGACUUGUUCUCAGCCACUUCAUGAAGACACAUUUGGUGGACAUCUGAAAGUUGGUUUAGCUCAGAUUGCUGCUAUGGAAAUCACCCGGGGAAACCACAGAGACAACAAAGCUGUGAUCCGAUAUUUGCCUUGGCUUUACCAUCCUCCUUCUGCAAUGCAGCAAGGGCCAAAAGAGUUCAUAGAAUGUGUCUCACACAUUCGUUUGCUGUCCUGGCUACUUCUGGGGUCUCUGACACACAAUGUUGUCUGUCCAAAUUCUCCAUCAUCCUGCAUGCCUAUUCCACUGGAUGCAGGUUCACAAAUAGCUGACCACCUUAUUGUUAUUCUGAUUGGGUUUCCUGAGCAAUCCAAGACAUCUGUUCUGCACAUGUGUUCCCUCUUCCAUGCAUUUAUAUUUGCUCAGCUCUGGACAGUGUAUUGUGAACAAACAGCAGUAGCUCCGACAGUCCAGAAUCAGAAUGAAUUUAGCUUUACAGCAAUCCUUACAGCCCUGGAGUUCUGGAGCCGAGUGACACCGAGCAUCCUCCAGCUAAUGGCACAUAACAAAGUGAUGGUAGAAAUGGUGUGCCUGCAUGUGAUCAGUUUAAUGGAGGCUCUACAGGAAUGCAACUCUACCAUCUUUGUAAAGCUCAUACCAAUGUGGUUGCCAAUGAUACAGUCAAACCUAAAGCAUUUAUCUGCUGGACUCCAGCUACGCCUCCAAGCCAUCCAGAGCAAUGUCAACCAUCACAGCCUAAGGAUGUUACAGGGGUCAGGACAAAUGAACAAUAGCUCGUCUGUGCUCCGCAAAUGGCUACAGUGUACCCAGUUUAAAAUGGCUCAAGUAGAAAUUCAGUCAUCAGAAGCUGCAUCUCAAUUUUACCCUUUAUGAUUAAUGUAAUUUGUUCCGAAAUACUCGGGUUUUUUAGCCUAGCAAUAACAGGGUUAGAGCUGUAAAGGACCUUUUGUAUGACUCAGUAUACAUAUACUGUAUCUAUACUUUUUAGCCUAGGACAGAUUGUGAAAAAGCUUAUAAUGGGUGAAGCCAAGAGCCUGAUCCUGCCCAUUCAUAAUUACAGUUACUCAGGAUCAACAGGUUCUAAGUCUGAUUCAUGGACAUGUAUUUGCAGGAUUGGACUCAAAUCUCUCACAUUGUACAUAUCUCUCUGAUCAUUGAAAUACCUUGUUCUUAAAUGUUUCUUUACAUUAUUUUUGAAGCUAAGACAAAAAUCACUUUUCUUUAACUUCUAUUUUUUUUAAAAAUAGAAUUGUGGGUAUUCACAAACAUGGAAGUGCUAUGUUGCUAUUUUUUGACGAUAACAAAAGAAAACAGGGUUUUUAGGAACCUUUAUAGGAGUUUUUAGGGGGGAUGUCUUUUUUUUUCUUUUUAGAUUCACAGCUGGCAAUGCAAUAAAAUCUGUCACUAUAAAACAGUGAUCUUCUAAUGAGGCUUUUUGUCAUCAUCUUCUGGGAAAACAGCAGCUUGUAGGGAGAGUUGUUAUGAAGUGCACUUAGAAAUUAGGUUGUUAAACUGUGCCAAUUCAUUUGUCUUUUUUUUCUGUAUGUUUUCCAAAACUGCCAAGUCAUUUAUUAUUUUUUUUUAAAUACCGCUUUUACUUCAUUGAUUCUCUGCUGCUAUUCUUUGUAGGUUUCAUAGAAACCUCUUUAAUUUUGUGACUACUGUAUUGUAUUCUUCUGUCAAUACUUGUAUACAGUGCAAUUAAAAAUGGAUAUCACAGAUCUAUUCUUAUUCAUGUCCACAUAAUUUAUGUUGCAGACUUCAAGAGGAGCAUGAUUGGACCUGAACUUUUGCAUAAUGGUAUUUACAAAUCCCAGCAUUUGCAUACUGUUUUAUUAAACAUGAUGUUUAAUAACAGAUGGAUUUUAAUAUCAUUAAGGGACUCAGCCAAAGCCCAUUGGAAUCUAAGGGGAAUCAAUUAACUCAGUGCAUUUUAUGUCAAUCUUGAAAGCUUCAUAGUUCAUCACCUCUUGUAAUAAAUACUUAAAUCUGUGCAAUCCCAGUUGUAUUUUCUGUAUUCAUUCUGCAAUGCACUGAUUAGAAGAAUAGCAAACAUUAUGUUGUGUAUUAGAGUGCUAUUAAAUUCCUAGUCUUUAUUACCA